CUCUCUUUCUCUCUCUCGACUGUACAUGGCGACGGUUUGCGUUAGAAAUGUUGGUACUUCGCCGGAGAAGAAGCUAUCAACGGCGAGUUACUCUUGUAGAGGCUCCAAAAUGUCAGUGAUGAGCCAAAAGUCUCAACCGUCGGAUCCUAAGUUAGAAAACGAAGAUCCUGUAGACUUUGAGUUUCUUCUCGAAGAUCCCGUCACAAUGUUAUCCGCCGACGAGCUUUUCUCCGACGGCAAACUAAUCCCGCUUAAGUUUUCCGGCGCGGUUAGUUCGAGGGAGAAGCCUAUAACAACAGCCGUUAACACGGCGGCGAAACCAUGCCGAAGAUUAGAGAUGGAGAGUGCUGAUCCUUACACCUUCUCUCCGAGAGCUCCACGUUGCACCAUGAGAUGGCGUGAGCUUCUAGGCCUUAAGAGACUCACCAAAACGCCGGAAGAAGCGUCCUCGCCGCCUUCGCGGUUGUCUUCUUCUACUCCAAACCCCAAAACGGCGUCGUUUAGGUAUUUACUCAACCGAAGCUCCAAAUCUUCUAAGGACUCGGACAUAUCGGAGACGUCAACGUCGGUCUCCUCUUCACGUCUCUCACUCUCUUCCUCCUCUUCCUCGGGCCACGACCUCGACGACGUUCCUAGGCUCUCUCUAGACCGGGACAACAAACCCAACAACGCUCCAAACCCGUUUGCCCGGUCACGUGCCCCCCACCACCACCACCAACUUAGGAAGCCACGACGUCAUUCACCAUCUGAUAAAACGACGGAGAGGGCCUUGACGGUGACGGCGGAUAGUCCGAGACUAAAUGCUUCAGGGAAGAUCGUGUUUCAUGGGCUCGAGAGAAGCUCUAGCAGUCCCGGUAACUUCACAGGCGGACCAAGAAUGAAACAUCACCAUGGGAUGCCGAGAUCUCAGUCUGCUAAUGUGAGAAUCACUCCUGUUCUUAAUGUUCCUCUCUCUUCCCUCCGUGGUGCUUCGAAACCGGGUCUCUCUUUUGGCCAGCUUUUCGCUUCUUCGUCAGGGAACAACAUUACCAAGAACCAAGACUAGCUAAACCGGAUUCUAAUUGUACUUGAACCGGCUUUAGUAGCAAAGAGCUUCGUUUUAGUGGGGUGGUUUUUCAUCAGAUGAGGUUAGAUUUGGGUUCAAAAUGUAAAUAAAGAGAAAUAUAUGAUUUUCUAUUAUGUUCUGCAUGGAGCGAGUUGUUCGAAACUGGAGAAAACAAGACAGUCAUUAAAAUACUGUAGCAAGAGUAAGAAGUGCUUCCCAU